AUGCAGUGUUCCUGUGUUGGUUUUGUAUAUAAAAUUUGCUAUGCAAUUCCAAAACUAAAACAGGAGGAGAGACGGCCCUGCGUCCCAGAGCAAGCAGGGAAUCAGAGGUGAAAGGAGAAACUAUGACUUGGAACGACACCACUAUGGACGGGGAAGGGUUGCUGGUGGAAAGGGACUCCUCUUCCUUUCGGAUCCUCACGGGCUGCUUCCUCUCGCUCCUGAUCCUCUCCACGCUGCUGGGAAACACGCUGGUCUGCGCAGCUGUCAUUCGGUUUCGCCAUCUCAGGUCCAAGGUGACCAACUUCUUUGUCAUCUCUUUGGCCGUGUCAGAUCUCUUAGUGGCAGUUUUGGUCAUGCCUUGGAAAGCUGUGGCUGAGAUCGCCGGUUUCUGGCCUUUUGGUUCAUUUUGCAACAUCUGGGUGGCCUUUGAUAUUAUGUGCUCAACAGCCUCCAUCUUAAACCUCUGUGUCAUUAGUGUGGACAGAUACUGGGCCAUCUCCAGCCCGUUUAGGUACGAGAGGAAAAUGACCCCCAAGGCAGCCUUCAUCAUGAUCAGCGUGGCGUGGACUUUGUCCGUGCUGAUCUCCUUCAUCCCGGUGCAGCUGAACUGGCACAAGGCUGCAACCACGAACGUUUUGGACUUCAAUGCCAGCUUAGAAGGUGUGAGCAUGGACAACUGUGAUUCUAGCCUAAACAGGAUGUAUGCCAUCUCCUCUUCUCUAAUUAGCUUCUACAUCCCCGUGGCCAUCAUGAUAGUCACCUACACCAGGAUAUACCGGAUUGCUCAGAAGCAAAUCCGGCGCAUCUCGGCUCUGGAGAGAGCAGCAGUGCAUGCCAAGAACUGCCAGAACCCGGGUGGCAACAGGAGCAGCAUGGACUGCCAGCAGCCAGAGAGCAACUUCAAAAUGUCCUUCAAGAGGGAAACAAAGGUGUUAAAGACCCUCUCGGUGAUCAUGGGGGUGUUUGUGUGCUGCUGGUUGCCAUUUUUUGUGUUGAACUGCAUGAUUCCCUUCUGCGAGCCCACCCAGCCGUCCAAGGGAGCAGAGGCUUUCUGCAUUAAUUCCACCACCUUUGAUGUUUUUAUAUGGUUUGGAUGGGCCAAUUCUUCCCUCAACCCCAUCAUUUAUGCCUUCAACGCUGAUUUCCGCAAGGCAUUCUCCACCUUGCUGGGCUGCUACAGGCUCUGCCCCCUUUCUGGCAAUGCCAUUGAGACCGUCAGCAUUAACAACAACGGGGCCGUGGUUUUCUCCAGCCAACACGAGCCCAAAGGGUCCAGCCCCAAAGAGUCUAAUCUGGUUUAUCUGAUUCCACACUCCAUUAUCUGCCCGGAAGAAGAACCUCUUAAAAAGGAAGACGAGGAGAGUGAACUGUCAAAGACCUUGGAGAAAAUGUCUCCAGCACUGUCGGGUAUCUUGGAUUAUGAAGCUGAUGUUUCUUUGGAAAAGAUCAAUCCCAUUACACAGAAUGGGCAGCAUAAAACCUGAACAGUAAGGUUUACUCAGCAAGACCUAAUGGUGUAUAUUGUAAUAAUCUUUUUUGGGGAAAAAAAAGAUGUACAAGAUUUUUUUGCUAAGAACCUAAGCUCUAAGGGAGAAAAAUGCACAUUUACACCAAGCCCAGAAUUAAUUUUCCUGGCAUUCAGAGCAAAUUUAACGUUUCAAACAAUAAACAGAAAAAGAUACUGGAAAUUGGUUAUAAAAAGGGAUGUUAAACUGUACUGUUCACACUGAGGAAAAGCUACAAAUUUAGAUACAGUGCAGUUACAAAGAAAAUGUUGCUUCUUCUCUGUACAGAGAAACCAAUUUCUAGCUAAAAGUGAGGCAAAAGAUAAAUGUUGAGUAUUUAAAGAUUAAUGUUUACUAGAAGUUAAAAGAUUGCUUUGUCUUGUGAUAGUGGGUGUUAACAGGUCCUAAUUAAUGACUGAGGGAUUGUAAAGGUAGGUAGAUGCCUUCUUAAAAUUAUUUCUGACAAAUAAUUGAGCCUUAUAACGAGAAUGGUUAUUUUUAAAGCUUUGGGAGGUAAUAUGUUGAUACUGGUUUUAUUUAUUUAUUGUUUUAAAUUGAUAUUUUUCAUAUGUUAUAACAGAUCUAGCUUUAUUUAUGUUAUUUAAGAUGUUUAAAUAAUGGGAUAUUUUUGGAGUGUCAUAACUGCAUU